AUUUCGUUAAUUUGGAAAUUUGUGAACUUGAAGGAAAAUUCUUUUUUUUUUAAAAAUGGGAGUGAUUGAUAAAGAAGGAAUUAAUUGUAAAAAACCAUUUAUUGGAGGGUGGAGACAUAAAGUAAAUGGUACAGAAUAUUUAAAUGCAACAUCCCAAACUGGUCCAGGUCCAAAAAAAAUACAAUGGAGUUCCAUGAUAAGCAAAAAAGUUCAAUGUACGGAGACAAAGGAGAAUUUCACUCAGUCAGUUCGACAUCAAAUAUCACAAACGUGGAGAAAUGAUUGCUGUGUUUCAAGCGAAAAGGAUAGAUAUUUAUCGAUUAGACCAUAUGAGACUCACGAGGAGAUGCAAAAUCGAUUAGAUUUUGAUGGUCAUGCUCGUGUUAUUCAGAAAAAUUAUAGAGCUUAUAGAAUUCGGAUAUUCAUUAAAGAAUCUGCAAAAUUGUACAGGAAAUUGUUAGAAGACGAAAAAGUUGAAGAACAAGAAAGCAAAGCAAAACUUGAGAGAAGAUUUCAAGAAGAAAUUAUUCGUAUGACUUAUCCGCGAAGCAGAAUGGACUUUAAUAUAUUGUACAAUUUAAUUGAUGUUUGGAAUGAAAUGCAAGUGAAUGAAAUUAAAAAAAAAUACUUUAAAUCUGGACAAUGUGCAAUGCAAUAUUCACUUUUAGAAAAGACAAUUUCUAUGCUUAACAAUGUUGAUAAACAUCGACAAAAAGUUCGUGAUGCCAAUAGAAUAAGAAAUGUGAAAUUUUUAACAAUUCACUGUCAACCUAUUCGAUGGAAGGGAAAUAAUGGAAAACCCAUUGAAAUGAUAACGUUAAAAACACAAAAGGCACGAGAGUACGAAAAAAUGUAUAUCGAUUUGAAAAAUAAUGAUACAACUCGUGAAAAUCGUAUAGAAAUUUUAUUAAAAACAAAAAAUUUCCUUAAAAAAUUUUAUUGUUACACUGUUGAAGAACUUGUUUAUCUAAUCGAUCAAGAAAUAAUUUUAUUGUCAAGAAAAAUUAGAGGAUUAUUUCUUGAUAAUUUAAGGAACAGAAUAGUUGGUGCUUUCUUAAACUUUUUGAAAAAUGGAGAAACGUUCUGUAGUGAAUGUACGAGCGACUCACUGACAAAACAGAGUUUAGAAGAAUUACGAGAGCCUUUGGAGACGAAAACUUCUUGGUGCAGUAGUUGCAGAAAGUUGCUUCCUAGCAACAAAUUUUUUGCUAACGUUAGAACGCGCAAAUUGGUUCAAUGCAAAAGUUGUGCUUGGCUGACGAAGAAAAAUAUUCCGCACGUAAAUUACGAUUUAUAUUCCUUUAUGUUAAAAGAUAUUCGUUCUGAAGAGAGAAGGAUGAAUUGCUUUUCAAGUUUAGCUUAUGUCAUACAAGAAUCGGAUAUAUACUACCUCAUAAAUCACACGUGGCAUGGUCGCUCAAUUGUCAGCGAAAACAACGAUCUGUACAUUUUGAGAUUAAUCCGCUUCGACGUUAACGCCGAGUGGGCUCCCUGGAAUUGCAUUCUGUUGACAGAGGACGAAGCUAAAACGCAUUAUCACAUCAAAAAAGUCGAUUCCCUUUACUCUAGAACUUUACUGCAAACGGUUUACUUAAAGCACCUAGCGGCUAAAUUUCAAUUCAAGUACGACACCCACUCAUGUCGUAGUGCAUUUACGUGCAAAGCUCCUGAAGCAUAUUUUGCAGUUAUAACUCAUAUAUUUGAUGAAGUAAAAAUGGUGGUGGUAGUGGAAAUAGAAGAUCGUGCAGAAUCGAAGAAACCUUUCUUGGGUGGUUGGAGGAACGUCUCUACGAGUCAGGAAUAUCAUAAUGCGAGAACACAAACUGACCCGAGGGAUAUGAAAUUUUCAAACAAUCGGAAGACUAUUGGAAUAGCGAAAAGCACGCAAACUAUUCAUAUUUUUAGUCGUUGUAUUGCAACCUUCUCUAAUAAAGCUACACAAUUCUCGAAAUUACCCAGUUUACUAGAUAAAUUUCUUGAGCCUGAGCAUAAGACAUUCAGUUCAAGGGUGAAGUCACGCAAUGAAGAGGAAUGUGCUUCAAUGAUACAACGGUUCUAUAGAUCCUAUCGACAGAGAAUGAAUACACGAGCGCUGACAAAAUUCUUUCGUGUAUUUGAGGAAGAAUCAAAUUCUUGUAAAGAAUUAAGAAUAUCUGAAAAAGUCUGGAAUGACACAGAAUUCAAGAUGAUUCGACCGCAAUUACCGAGAAGUAAAGCGGAUUUUGAUCUGGCGCUUAACGUGCUGGAUCGUUGGCGCAUUAGUGAGAUUGAGCGAACGAAUCGUGAUUUUUUCAGAAGCUCGAAAUUAGUAGCUCAAGACUUGAUUCUCACGAAGGAAAUAGAGUUUCUCCGUGAAAUAGAUACGGUGAAGUCUCGAGUGAAGAAAGGCAUCCAUGAAAGUAGAGAGUUUGAGUUUUUAGAGAAGCUCGCAAAGCCUUCGCAAUGGAAAAGCUCUGAUGGAAGGGUAAUUUAUGUGCAGACACUGCAAGUUCAGAAGACUAAAGAAUACAGAGAACUGUACGAGUCUCUUGUGAAAGCGGAGGCUGCUACGAGUAUUGACACACGAAUUGACUUACUGGUUGCUCUGAAACGAAUCGCCAAAGAACAUUCUUGUCAGGUUUCUCGCGAUCUCGAGUAUCUCAUUGAUCAGGAAUUAGAUUUGUUGUCCUUGCAUGUAGACGUCCAGAUGCUAGACCAACUGAGAAAUCGAUUGAAACUCACUUUUCUUCGCCUUGUUCAACGCUCGCUGCACCUUUUCGAAUAUCCAGAUACCAGAAACGGAAAGUCCCAGAUAGUUUAUGGCCAAACAAGGAUCUGUAAAUCUUGCGGAAGAUUGCGAGACAUGGACCACUUUUCGUUGGAUUUUCGUCAAAAAAUAAGCUUCUGUGACAAUUGCAUAUCAAUUCAGGAGGGAAAUAGAGCCCUGAGAAUUGUUUAUAAGCCAUUUGAGAGAAUGUUACGAGACUUGAGACGACGUGAGGCUCAGCUAAAAGCCUAUGGAGGUUUAGCUUUCAUCGUCGAUUUCAAGGUCAUUUAUCACCUAGUGAACGACAUUUGGCACGGAAAGUCGGGAAUCACAGAGUGUAACGAUCUUGAUAAAUUGCAUGUGGUCCGCUUUCGACAGAAUGUCGAGUGGUCGCCUUGGAAUUCUUUGGUUCUUACAAAGAGGGAAGCUCUCAUGCACGAAGCAGUCGCGAACUUGCACGAUGUUUACGAUUCCAGCCUCGUGCAAAAGUUUCACGCGAGGAAUUUGCAAGCUCGUCUCUAUUUCGAGUGAAUUACUAAGUUACAAAAACGGUGAACGGCAAGGUAUUAUAUCUUGUGAAGACGAUGUUAUAAGAAAAGCUUUCAAAGGAUGAAACUUUAUAUUCUAGACUCGAUCCUUUUCUAAAUAAUUUAUUUUUUAUUAUUUGAAAAAUCUAUUAAUCUUAUCAAAUUAGAAGAUGUUAUUAAAAGUCUAGGAAAAUAAUUAAUGUAAACAUGAAAAUUAAAUCUAAAGAAUAAUUCACAAUGAAGAAAAUAAUUACAUAAGAAAUUGAAUAAGAGAAUUUUGUUAAAAUAAAUAAUAGUAUUCCUAUGGUUUUCUUAUUGAUAGAGAAAAAGUCAAUCUUGUCUUAAGAAGAAGAGAACUUUAAGCGGGAUCCUUUUUUAUAUAUUUUUUUAUAUGCUUUCUUCCCCUUACUUCUUCUUUUUAGCUGGAUAAGAGCUUUUAUGAAAAUCUUGAACGCUUCUCGUGCAAUGGGAUAUGUCAGGAGAUUUGCUUUUAUUUUUCUAACACUUUCUCAAAAACUUUUAUAUCGUAAAAAAUAGUUAUGAAACUUUUCCAUAUUCUUUGAAAAAAGUAGAGGUGAUGUUUAUAAGAGGGCCUGGAUAGGCCCUUUGGUUUAAUAUUGUUAACUCAAUAAGAAAAAAAUAUUGCGUUUAUAUUUUGU